AGUGGUCGUGAUGUUUGACAAACUCUGUUUGGACUUAAACAAAAACAAUUGUUACUUUAUGACCUCAAUGACCUAUCGAACAAACCGUGGUUGUAUCUGUACAAAAUUGAUAUUACAGCGAACUUAUAACAAAAGCGGUCGUACUGCUCGAGCGACGCUCACAUUAAUCGGCGUUCUUUCACAGCUAGCGACUUCGAUUACAGCAUUCAAUAGGCAAGAACGAAGAAGGUCACGUUGCGGAAAUUUUCUGUUGUAAGAAAGAAACCGCGAGCGGUCAUGCAGCAAAGCAAGAUAAAGUCAACACCAUGCUUCGAAAAUGGAAGGCCGUAGUCUUCAAAACAGGCAUCGCUACUGUGGUAUUGCUUGUUUUCUGGCAGAUUCGAUAUUUUGUUGCGUAUCCAAAAGGACCGCGAACAACAAUGAAAUUCCCUUCAAAAGAUUCUUCGAAUGCUCGCAAAAACAACAGCAAAACAGAAUAUACAGGAAUACAGAAGACGUAUGUGACCGGGGCUGAAGCAACAGCAGAGAUAAUACGUAAGAAUAACAAACCCGUCAAGGCGAUAAAGGACUUUGCAGAAAAGAUGUUUCCAAAGUCACAUGUAAAAUUAAACAAAUCUUCAGAUCAAAUGGUUCUGGGAAGAAACAAAGGAGACAGAAAUGUAACCAGACGUUAUUGCUUCAGAUACGAUAUGGCAACAUGGACAAUGCGAGUUCGACGGCCUAAUUGUGGGAGGCCGUCAAAGAAGACAAUUGCACGGUUAAAAAUAAAACGUAUAAUCUAUUUGAAUGGAAGCAUCGAUUAUCCAAAUUGCACCAAAGCGACACGGAAAUGUAAGGAACAGCCAUAUUUCAGUAGAAAGUUGAACAAAAUGAUAGAAAGACCACCAUGUUGCAUUGCCCACGUGCUAGAACUGUUUGCACAUGUGACGUCAGCACUUGAUGACAUUGGAGUAAGGUACUAUCUAACUGCCGGCGGGCUAGUGGGUUGGGUAAAAAGUAAAACUAUGCCGCGAUAUGAAAACGAUUUAGACAUACACGUCGACUGGCGAAAAUGGAACACGAAAAAGCUUAAAGCAGCAUUGGUAAACUUGAAAGAAAAAUAUGGACACUGGGCACGCUUCUAUCCGAAAGUGCCAAACUUCAGAAGAGUUUACUUCAGCGAAAAAAAUCGAGUGUAUAUCGACAUGUGGCCAUACAAGAUCGAGAAACGGAAUGGGAGCAAAUGGGUGAGAGUAUUAUCAACUCUUACGUGGUAUCCAAAUCUUUACAAUACAACUUUCCCUCUAAAGAGGACUGAUUUUUCUGGCCUGAAAACGUGGGUACCUAAUGAUCCGGAGGCGGUGUUGGACAUUCAUUAUCGAGACCGGUUCCAGUGGAGACAACAAGUACUAUGCAAAAUCAAAUCAAAAAAUAAAUGCAUUGCUUGAAUAAAGAGUAUUUGAUACUAAUAUAUAUCGGGCUAAGAUCAAUAUGA